UGCAGCAUCCCUGUCUCGCCACUCCUGUCUCCUCCUCCCGCCCGGCCCCAAGGACCAACCAUUCGUUGUCUUUUGUUUGCCGCGCGCCUAACAAAUCGAACUUGAUUUCUUUGUAGACUGACCACAUUGCUCAUCCAACAUGUCCUUUGCACUCUUUGCCAUGGCAAUGCUUUUUGGCUUUUCAGUGGUGACUCCAUUUGUCAUUCAUCCAUCCAGAGAAGAACCAGCAGCUUCAGCUGAUUCCACAGUUUCUCAUCACAGGCACCAGGAUGAGUCUCUGUGGUCCAUCAGGAAGAGCCUCCUCAGGGCUCUCAACAUGCAGAUGGAGCCCCGGCUGCCGGCCGGUGGGCUGGACAGCGUCCGGCAGCAAUGGCAGAAAACCUUUCGCGCCAUCCCUCAAACUUCACAGGACACAAACACUGCCUCUGGCUACUCUGUGUCCCCUGACAGUGGAAACAGUACCAGCCUGAAGUGCUGCUCCACGGCCUCUGAGAUCUUCAUGAAAGAUCUGGGCUGGGACAGCUGGGUGAUCCACCCUUUGAGUCUGACCAUUGUUCAGUGUGCGCUGUGCCAAUCUGCAGAUAACACUGUGCACCAUGCACCAUCGGUCAACAGCAUUCAGGAUGGAAAUUCACAGGCCCCGUGCUGCCAGCCCACCUCCCAGGGGACGGUGCCCAUCGUCUACAUGGAUGAAACCAGCACCGUUGUGAUUUCUGACCUGCAGCUGACUCGCAGCUGUGGCUGUGGACCCGGCACCACCCACCAGCCCGACAAAGAGUAGCCGAACAGCUACCCCGUUUGACAUGAGCCACCUAAAGUAUCCAAACUAUCGUUAUGUACAGGCUAUCUCCUCCAGCAAUCACUCACUCUGAUGAUUGUGUCUCUAUCUUUGAUCGACACUCUGUGUUUUCAGAACUUAUCGUGGGAACCAAAGCAAAGUCUCGGUUUUGAAUUCCCACCGUACCAAUAACACCUUUGUUUAGCCUGGCAGACAUGGAACACAGCACACCUCAUUGGUAACCUACAUCUAUGUGCCUGUAUUAACCAACAAACAAGGUCAGACAAAAAAAUGAUUUUUUUAUAUGGAGGAAAAUUCAACUUCUCUGGCAGCAUGUGAAAUGUUUUAGCUGACAUUAGUGUGAUAAAUGGCCUCUCCUUCAAUAAAUCGAAUGAGGACAGGUCACUAUUUAUAGCUGGUAACGGUUACUGAGUGUUCCCUCCAAAAAUGUGAGACUUCUCUGUGCCAAACAGUCUCACACCAGUUGACUCUUCUCUGAUGUGUUAUCCCCUUAAGGCAUUUAAUGGGUAAGACUUCCAUUUACUCUUUGGAGGAAAGCAAGACACAGUUAAUUAGCUUGUAAAUUAUGCGGAGGCUUGUCGUUUUAAAGCUUCAAUGAAUGUGAGCUGAAAUGAACUAGUGGUGAGUUUAUGGAUUUAGGAAAAGUAGCAGACCUUGGAAAAACAGCAGAUUGUAGACCUCAGUGACUUUGCCAAAUCUGAUGUAACACAUAGGCUGAAGAAAUAUGGCAUCCAGUUAAGCUGUUUUAUGAUUUCAUGACCUUGGAAUAAAGAGUUUGGCACCAGUUGUGUUAAAAAUGGACUGAUGUGACAUGUGUUUCUGUCGUAGAAGAAACUAUUUUCCUUUAUUAGACUUUUAACGACAGUUAUCAUUUCAUUUCUGAGAUUUUUUUUUUAAUGAGAGACUGUUUUUAAUCAAUUUCAUUUUCAUUUAGCCUCCUAAAAAGUGUCUCAGCUCAGUUUUUUUUCUCUGGUUGUGCAUUAAUAGAAAAUCUUUAGUUUAUGAUCAGAAAUAGAUUGUUAUAGUAAUUAUUUUUGUACUUUUUUAUGUCAGUUCUUUUGUUAAUUUCUUUUAAUGUUUAUUUGACACAUUUUGUUAUCUUUUAGCUAUUUCCACUCACUUUAUAGUUGUUAUACAGCAUUUGCCAUUCUUUUUUCUUAAUUGUUAUACUGUUCAGUUGAAUUUGCGCAUAUAUUACAAUUAUUAAUGCCUGUUUAGCCAUCUCAAUCACUUGUACCAGUAUAAUUCAUUUCAAUAAAGAUUUAAAU